AUGUCUAAUUCUAUUAGAAAUUCUGUUUCAAAUGUGGAAGAUGACAGUAUGACACAAGAUUGGGUAGUGGUCAAUAAAUGCACAAACUUUUAUGCAGCAAUCUUAAUUGAUCAAAUACCAAGUAAAAAUAAUGCUAAUAAAAAGAAAAUUGUUGAAAAAUUUUUGAUUAACUUUAAAGGAUUUACCUGA